UCUCAGUUUCUACCAACCAGCCAAGCACCAUGGUCAAAAAGAAGAUUGCUGUGAUUGGAGCUGGAAUUAGUGGCCUUGGUGCCAUCAAAUGCUGCUUAGAUGAAGAUUUGGAGCCCACCUGCUUUGAAAGAAAUAACGAUAUUGGAGGACUGUGGCGAUUUCAAAAAAAUUCCUCAGAGAAAAUGCCUAGUAUCUACAAAUCUGUGACCAUCAAUACUUCUAAGGAGAUGAUGUGCUUCAGUGAUUUUCCUGUUCCAGAUCAUUUUCCCAACUACAUGCACAACUCCAGACUUAUGGACUACCUCAGGAUGUAUGCCAAACACUUUGACCUCCUGAAAUACAUUCACUUUAAGACAAAAGUGCAAAGCGUGAGGAAGCGUCCAGAUUUCUCCAUCAGUGGACAGUGGGAUGUGGUUGUGGAGACUGAUGAGAAGCAGGAGGCCUUCAUCUUUGAUGGAGUCUUGGUCUGCAGUGGGCACCACACAGAUCCCUUCUUACCGCUUCAGUCCUUCCCAGGCAUUGAGAAGUUUGAAGGACGUUAUUUCCACAGUCGGGAAUACAAAAGUCCUGAGGACUUUGUAGGAAAAAGAAUCAUAGUGGUUGGCAUUGGGAAUUCUGGAGUGGAUAUCGCUGUGGAGCUCAGUCGGGUAGCAAAACAGGUAUUCCUCAGCACUAGACGAGGAGCCUGGAUCUUACACCGUGUUUGGGAUAAUGGUUACCCCGUGGAUAGUUCAUUUUUCACUCGGUUUAAUUCCUUUCUCCAGAAAGUAUUAACCACAACCAUAAUUAAUAACUACCUUGAGAAGACAAUGAACUCAAGAUUCAACCACGCACACUAUGGGCUGCUGCCACAGCACAGACCUCUGAGUCAGCACCCAACUGUCAGCGAUGACCUGCCAAACCACAUCAUUUCUGGAAAAGUCCAAGUGAAAUCCAAUGUGAAGGAGUUCACAGAAACAGAUGCUAUUUUUGAUGAUGAAACUGUGGAAGAGAAUAUCGAUGUUGUCAUCUUUGCUACAGGAUAUAGCUUUUCAUUUCCUUUCCUCAAUGGGCUCAUUGAAGUCACCAACAAUGAAGUGUCCCUAUACAAGCUGGUGUUCCCUCCCACCUUGGAGAAGCCAACACUCGCAGUCAUCGGGCUCAUCCAACCCCUGGGCAUCAUUCUGCCCAUCGCAGAGCUUCAGUCUCGCUGGGCUGUCCAAGUGUUCAAGGGUCUGAGAACGUUACCCUCAAUGAAGAACAUGAUGGCUGAUAUCACCCAGAGAAGAGGGGCUAUGGCGAAACGGUAUGUGAAGACAGCCCGCCACACAAUUCAAGUGGAUCACAUUGAAUACAUGGAUGAGAUCGCCACCCUGGUGGGGGUGAAGCCCAACUUGCUGUUUCUCCUUCUCUCUGAUCCAAAACUGGCCUUUGAGGUUUUCUUUGGCCCCUGCACCCCAUACCAGUACCGCCUGCAGGGGCCAGGGAAAUGGGAUGGAGCCAGGAGAGCCAUCUUGACCCAGAGAGAGAGGAUUCUCAAGCCCCUGAAGACUCGUGUUACAAGUGAGGAUAGUCAUUCGUCUUCAUGGCUGUCUUGGAUGAAGGUGGCACCAUUUGGCCUGGCAUUUCUGGCUGUUUACUUAGCAUACUUUAGAUGUAUUCAUCAUGGUAAAGGAAAAGAAUAAGUGAACAUUGAAAGGGGGAAGUAUGCACUUCAACUCAUCCUAAAUUACUACAAAGCCAGCAUUUAUUCAGAAAUAUAUGUCAAUAUUACUUAAUACAAUUAUAAUUACUAUAUAAAAUGCUUACAAGCAAGUUACAGUAGAUACAUUUCUUUAAACAUUGAUGUAUAUCAAAUUCUAUAUAAUUCAACAUCAUGAGUUCAGAUUAAAGCUUAUGAUUAAGAGGAACUCUGUGUAGAACAUAAGAAUAUUUUUGCCACAUACGAU